AUGUACGAUCUAAGUGGAAGAUCUAAUAAGAUCAUACUUGUUCUUUUACUUGUGUUGGUCCUCAUUUCUUUGAUAGUUCCUUUGGAAAAGAGCCCUGAAACUAGUGAAACCCACCAUUUUCAUGUCAAUAAUAAUCUCCAAAUUGCAUACACAGCAUGUGAAGGCACUUUAUAUCCCGACCUUUGCGUCGCCACUGUCUCCAUUCUCCAAAAUCUUGCUUCUAGAUCACUCCCCGACCUUAUCUCAGCAAUUUUAAUCCAAACCAUGGACGAGGUGAGACUCUCUUGUGCCAACUGCACCGAGAUUGAAAAGGGUCUCAAGAGUAACACCACCUUAGAAUGGGCCGCCAUAAAUGAUUGCAUCGAGCUUUUUAACCAUACCCUAGCCGAGCUGAGGGUAGCCCUCGCCGAGCUUAAACCGAAGAGGGUACGGCUCUCUAGGAACUACCAUAAGAUAAAGACGUUUCUAAGCGCGGCAAUGACGAACCAGUACACAUGUCUCGAUGGAUUCCAUGGUAGCAAAGGAAAAACUAAAUACGUAAUCAAAGAAGCUCUACAUAACAUAUCUCAUCAUAUCAGCAACUCUUUAGCGAUGCUCAACAAAGUCCCUGGUGUCAACGAAUCGAAACCCGUUGAAGUUUUUCCGGAAUACGGUCGCCGGAGAAGAUAUUUCCCGGCGUGGUUAUCGCAUAAAGAUCGGAAACUUCUACAAGCUCCAGUUGACGCAGCUGAGUUCGACCUUAUAGUUGCCCAAGACGGUAGUGGAAACUUCACUACCAUCGGCGACGCUGUUGCGGCAGCUCCGAUACACAGCUACGAAAGGUUUGUGAUAUAUAUAAAAGCUGGUGCUUAUCUAGAAAAUAUAGAGGUGGAAAUGGAGAAAACAAUGGUGAUGUUUGUGGGAGACGGCAUAGGGAAGACAGUGGUGAAGGCAAACAGAAAUGUGGCCGAUGGCCAUACCACUUUCCGCUCUGCAACAGUCGUACUGGAGUUGUAA